AUGAAUUCUCACAGCCGGUUCAUCAAGCUCGGCCUUGAAACGAACCCGAUAGUUGCAACCCGGCUUCUCAACGCGUACGCUUCUUGUCAAUCUCCGAACGCAUUAUCACACGCCCACCAGUUGUUCGACCAGGUUCCUUCCAAAGAUAUUGUGCUAUGGACCUCCAUUAUUUCUGCCUACACUCGAGCUGGCAAUCCCCACAAAGCUCUCCAACUCUUCUCUCAAAUGAACUUUCAAUUCUCUCCAAAUCAAUCCAAUCAUUUCGUCUAUUCCCUCGUCGCUCGAGCAUGUGGGUCUUCUGCUGGGCACUACCUCCAAUUGGGCAAAUCCGUUCAUGCCCGUGUGAUAAAAUCGGGGUUUCUACCUAAUGUCGUCGUUGAAACGUCUUUCUUGGAUAUGUAUGCGAAAUGUGGCGUUAUCGAGUGCUCUCUUAAAUUAUUCGACGAAAUGCCGCAAAGAAAUUCAAUCUCUUGGAAUGCUAUGAUUGCGGGCUAUGUUCAAAAUGGAAUGGAAGGUCUUGGUUUGCAUUUGUUCUAUCAGAUGAAAUGUCUGGAAUGCCAAAUACCGGAUGAGUUUGCAGUGUCGACAGCAUUGGCAGCUUGUGCGGGAAUUAAUGAUUUGGAUUUUGGCAUGCAAGUUCAUGGUUAUCUUCUUACUGUUGGUUUUGAGUCAGAAUGCGCUGAUACACUCUGUAAUAUGUACUUUCGAUGUGGUGAGAUCUCUUGCUCUAAGAAGGCUCUAAGUGGAAUAGAAGAAAAUGUAAUUUCAAGGCUUAUAAUGAUCAAAGGAUAUGUCUUCAAUUGCAGAUACUAUGAAGCAAUAAUGCAAGCUGUUCAGGACAGUAAUUUCAUUGAAAUUGCGGCAACUGAUCAUAGUGUGGUUGUCUCCGUCCUCACUGCAUGCGCAAAUCUCUCGUUGCUUAGAGUUGGAAAGCAGGUGCAUGGUCUUGUCAUUACUUUCAUUGGUUCCCACCCGAAUUGGGUUUCAGAUGAGGAAGAUGUUGCCAUUGUUGGAAGUGCUUUAAUUGACAUGUACUGCAAGUGCUCAAGUGUCAGAGAAGCUCGACAAGUUUUUUAUUGGUUUCACCCUGCCCAGCAUAUUUCUCAUUGGAAUGCAAUGAUCACAGGUUAUAUAAAUGCUGGUUUGCUAGAAGAUGCUAGGGGGUGUUUUGGAGAAAUGCCUGAGAGAGAUCUAAUUUCAUGGACAACAAUGAUUUCAGGAUAUGUGCAGCAUGGGUUGCCUCAUCAAGGACUAACUCUAUUAACUAAGAUGUACAACAAUGAAGAUGGACUUAUGAUAGAAGGUAACUGCUUCACUUUUGCCACAGCUCUUGAAGCAUGUACUCUCUUGUCAGCAUUGGGGCUGGGAAAACAAAUACAUGUAAAAUUGAUUCGGUCCCGAGUCAAUAUUGAUAUCAACAAUGUGGUUGUUGGGACAGCUCUGAUCAACAUGUACUCGAAGUCUGGUAGUUUGAACUAUGCACAAAGAGUAUUUGACCGGAUGUUGGAAAAGAAUGUAAUCACAUGGACAUCGAUAAUAACUGGCUAUGCCAUUCAUGGUAUUGGUUCUCAGGCCCUUGAGAUUUUCCAGCAAAUGUUGGAAACAGGUGUGAAACCGAAUGAAGUCACAUUUGUUUCAGUUUUGACGGCAUGCAGCCAUUGUGGUUUUGUUGAGGAAGGGAUGAGAUACUUCAAACUAAUGAGGGAAAAAUAUGGGAUCCUCCCAAGAGCUGAUCAUUAUACUUGUGUGAUUGAUUUGUUGGGAAGAGCUGGAAGGCUCACUGAAGCUAGGAGUUUGUUGGAGGAAAUUGAGGAUGAAGACAUUAGUGAUGAUUCAUCUAGUGAAACAAUCUGGGGUGCAUUUCUGGGGGCUUGCAGGUUGCAUGGAGAUGUGGAAAUGGGGAGCAGGGUGGCUGAGAAGAUGCUAGAGAAGAAACAACAAGUUUCUUCAACCUACAUUACACUUUCUAAUGUUUAUGCCGCAGCGGGUUUGUGGGAUGAAUCAUACAAAGUUAGAGAGAAAUGGAGGAGAGAAGGUACCGUUCCUGGUGAGCCUGGGGGUAGCCAAAUCCAUGUACAGCUUGGUUCUGCAUGA